UUGUGCUGUGCGGAUGUAUCUGUCGCUCUUUGGUCGUCUGUGCGCAUCGUUGCGAGCCACGAACUUCGAAUCCGUAAGAUAGCCGCCUGGCGGUACGCUCUGCCCCCGCCCCGCCCCCUCUAACGCCCACUCUUCGGGGAAAAUCUUAAGGAAAAGCGCGCGCGCGACAAGUGAAGCGCACAGGUUAUUCUAUCUGCGCUCGCAUGGGUGAAACGGUGAAACAGUGUGUUUAUUUGUGUGAUUUCUUUUGUUUGCUGGCCAAUUGUGGGACAUAAUUGAAUGCUUGUCUCAUAUGGGCCAACAGAACCCACGGGCCAAAAGCAACAAAAACAGCAAAUACAUCGGCAAAAGCAAAAGCCUACUCGAGUGUUUCGCAACGCCAUAAAAAAAGCAUACGUAUAUAUAUAUAUAUUGGAAAUAAAAAAAGAGGAGAAAUACCAAAGCCCAAUACAUAUACACGCACAUAUCGACGAGAAGAGAAGCUAAGCCAGAAAAUACUAUAUAUAUAUAUGUAUAUGUUUAUAUAGCAUACAUAUAUAGCGUACAAAAACCAGUUUUGGACCGCCGCAGCAGAAGCAAAAGCAGCGCAGUCGCAGCGUUUUGGACGAGCUUCCAUGGACUCGUAUUCUGUUGUAUAAACUUAAUUGAAUCACAGGAAUUACUCUUAAUAAAAGAACUUUGGUGCCCAAGUGAAUUGCAAACAAAUCAGUGCAGCCAGCAAAUAAAUAAAUCAUUUGAGGCAUCCCUAACCAUAAUCAUGCCACCCACCGAACUAAAGAGACUGGUCCUGGUCGUGGUUAUCGCUACCAUCACCUUGACGAUUGGAGCCGGAGGAGUCCUGGGCGAAAGUUCGUCCAGCUGUGGACCCAAAUUCCCGGCGGCGUGCAGCUGCGGCAACGAGUUGUACGAGAGUGAAACUCAGUACGUGGUGAACUGCACGAAUGCGGGACUGGUGAACACCAGUGUGCUGGAGUUCAUGCCCGACCAGGUGGAGGUGCUGAUCUUCACGGGCAACCGGAUCACCGAGCUGCCGUGGAACGUCUUCGGGAGCAUCAACAACUACAAGCAGCUGCGCAUCGUGGACAUGAGCAGCAAUCACAUCCGCGAGAUACGCGGCAAGAGCUACCACCAUGUGCCGCGCGUGGAGCGCCUGAUCCUGAACCACAACAAUCUGAGUAUCUCGCGGUUCGAGGACGAGGUCAACCACCAUCAUCCGCGCGUCUUCUCGAACUUUAUCAACCUGCAGAGUCUGCAUCUCACGGAUGCCUUCGAGGACAACAGCUCGCCGCAGCUGAGCGAGGAUCUGCACGACAUCUUCGUCAACAGCCAGCUGGUGAAGCUGCAGAAGCUCCAUCUGGAGCAGAACGAGAUCACGCACUUCAAGGAUCGCAAUGUCUUCUGUGAUCUGCCCUCGCUGCGUGACCUUCACCUGGGCGAUAAUGGUUUGAGUGACCUUAACUUCGAGGUGCGCUGCCUAAACAAUCUGCGAUUCCUCGAUCUGGAGCGCAAUAAGUUCACCUUUGUGAAGCCCACGGAUUUGCGGGUGCUCAACGAACUGGAAGAGCGUCCCAAUCGCACGGCCAACCUGAUUGUGGACUUCAAUCUCAAUCCCUUCGUGUGCGACUGCCGCAUCGCCCCGUUCCGCACGUGGAUACCCAGCACCCAGGUGACGGUGCGCAACAAGGACAGCCUGACGUGCACCCACACGUCGGGCAAGUCGGCCGCCCACCUGCUCCAGAUGGACAUGGGUCAGUGUGCGGAUGCCAUGGCCGCCGCUGCCACGAUCCUGAAUACCGCCGAGGAGGAGCAGCGCUAUGGUGGAGCGGAGGCGGCGUCCAUCCAAUCGGAGGCCCACAUCAGCGGACACACGGCCACUCUGAUCUUCCUGCUGAUCGUGCUCAGCAUGAUCCUGCUGGGACUCCUGGUGGCCCUGGUCUACGUCAGCCGGGACAAGUUGAAGUACAUGAUAACGCCGGUGUUCGACAACGUGGCCAAGAAGGUGCAGUACACAUCGAUCAAGGACGAGGACUGCCCGGAGGUGCAUGUUUAGGAGAAUCAUCUUAGUACUUCACCCACAGGAUCAACACAAAAGUAUAUAGAAGGGGGAGGAAUAAAGCCCGGUUUUAGAAUUCAAAUCCAAUCAAAAUGCCAUUCACAAAAUUCGUUCACACCCAUACGAGUUCCUGCGAUAUCAAUUAGACUUCUUAAAUUGAAAAUGUAAUUUCUUAAUCAGCAGCUUGAAAGGGAAGUUUAAUCCGCGUAGGAUGAAAAUGAAACCGGGCUUAUAUCCUCAGUUUUCAGUUUUUUGCCAUUCGCGUUACGCAAAACGUGUGCCAUUCACAGCGGAAGGGUAAGAAGAUACAGUUGAGGAAACAAUUGGAUCAUAUUAAAGUCCUAACCCGAAAUCAGGACUCCAGCCUCUUGUUUCGUAGUACUUAAGCCAAUUGUUGCAUUUAACAGCGGAUGGAAUGUGGCCACAAGAAUUACUGCAACACAACCACAUAACACAGACAACACACAAUUUCGUUAGUUUUAGCGGUUUUCUAACUUAACCUUAAGUCAGUUAUGCUUUCUAUGAGUUCCACACAAAGGAAUCGUACGAGAGGAGAAGGCAAAGCGGGCCUGUAACAACCGAUUUGACCACACAUAUAUAGUGACAUAUAUAUAUAGAAACAGACACAUAUAUAUACAUGCAUAUAUCGUAACAAACACUUUAGUGUUAUCUGUGAUUUAAGUUUAGUAGCUUUACUUUGUUGAAACUCUGCAGAUCGAACAUUUAAAAUCGAAAUUGGUCAAAAACAAACUUUAAUUCUUUUAUAGCAUAACAGAUAAUUCUACACUUAACGAUAUGUAAAAUGUUUCGAUGCUUACUAUGUUAUUAAUCAAUUAAUUUGUCAAUUAUACUAGCUAUACGAUGAUUUCAUCCUUGAUUAACUACCAUUAACAAGCAUUUUUUAUAAAUAAACUUUUGAAAAAUGGA